AUGACGCGAGUCUCGGUAUACACUUCGGCCCUGGCGGCUUUUGUAGCUGCCACGGUCAUGAUAGUAAUCCCGAUAUGGCUCCCUAACUGGGUAACAUACUCCGUCACUUCGGCCACCGGCGAGAUAGUCGAGAGGCAUAUCGGCUUACACAAGAGCUGUUCAACGCUGGAUGAUCCAUACUGUCGGCCAUUCCCCCCCAAAGAUCUCUGUCAAGGAGGUGAACGAUACUUCUGCUCCAUGUGGAGGACCGUUGGGUUUCUAGCAUCAUUUGCUACUCUGUUAUGUUUGGGCGGUUUGGUGACCUUUGUUGUCAUCAUGUGCGGGGGGAAAUACAAGCGCGAGACUGGAUGGCCUUUUGCCGCUGGCAUGCUGACCCUAAUUUCUGUUAUGGAAUUUGUGGCUAUUUCUAUCGUGGCGUACCUUUAUGAUCAUGAUGAUCAGUUUAAUAUUCCUGGGUGGUCGCUCGAUACGUCGUUCUACCUCAGCACCACCGCGGCAGUUAUCUGUCUUCUGACUGCCACUGGUAUUGCUCUCUCCGCAUACCUUCUUCCCCCCGAGGAGGGAUACGAUUUCUUGUCGGACCCUCUCGAUGCUUAG